UAACUAAUCGUUUUGGCUAAAACCCUAAUUCUCUGUCUCUCAUUCUUUUUCCUCUCCGCAUCUCUCAUUCCUUGUCUGGUGGCGUUUACACCAUGCCGAAGCAUUACAGACCAGCGGGAAAAAAGAAGGAAGGGAAUGCGGCUAGGUAUAUGACCAGGUCGCAAGCUCUCAAACAUCUUCAAGUUAAUUUGAAUCUAUUCAGGAGACUAUGUAUUGUCAAAGGUAUAUUUCCCCGAGAACCGAAGAAGAAGGUGAAGGGAAACCAUCACACUUACUACCAUGUCAAGGACAUUGCUUUCCUCAUGCACGAGCCUCUUCUUGAGAAGUUCAGGGAAAUCAAAACAUAUCAAAAGAAGGUCAAAAAAGCCAAGGCUAAGAAAAACGAGGAGCUUGCACGCCUUCUACUUACUCGCCAACCCACUUACAAGCUAGAUAGAUUGAUCCGCGAAAGGUAUCCAACAUUUAUUGAUGCACUGCGAGACUUGGAUGACUGUCUUACCAUGGUUCAUCUUUUUGCGGUGUUACCUGCAUCAGACAGGGAAAAUCUUGAAGUUAAGAGAGUCCACAACUGUAGAAGAUUGACUCAUGAAUGGCAAGCUUACAUUUCACGUUGUCAUGCAUUACGUAAAGUGUUUGUGUCUGUCAAGGGUAUUUACUAUCAGGCUGAAUUAGAAGGUCAAAAGAUCACUUGGUUGACCCCUCAUGCAAUACAACAAGUAUUUACAAAUGAUGUUGACUUUGGUGUCCUGCUUACUUUCUUGGAAUUUUAUGAGACUCUCCUUGCCUUUAUUAACUUCAAGCUUUACCAUUCUCUGAAUGUGAAAUAUCCGCCAAUCCUUGAUUCUCGGUUGGAGGCUUUGGCUGCAGAUCUCUAUGCACUGUCAAGAUACAUAGAUGCCAGCUCCAGAGGCAUGGCGGUGGAACCUAAGGUUGACGCUUCAUCUAGCUCACAGUCAAAUGACCGUGAAGAGUCUGAACUGAGACUUGCACAACUUCAGCACCAGCUGCCUUCGAGUGAGCCUGGAGCAUUGAUGCAUCUUGUUGCAGAUAACAAUAAAGAGGUUGAAGAGGAUGAAGAAACUAGAGUGUGCAAGUCACUCUUCAAAGAUCUGAAGUUUUUCUUGAGCCGUGAGGUUCCGAGAGAGUCCCUGCUUUUUGUGCUUCCUGCUUUUGGUGGGAUGGUGUCUUGGGAAGGAGAAGGUGCACCAUUCAAGGAGGAUGAUGAGAGUAUUACACAUCAUAUCAUCGAUAAGCCAAGCGCAGGCCAUGUGUAUCUUUCAAGGGUGUAUGUGCAACCACAGUGGAUCUAUGACUGUGUGAAUGCUCGCAUAAUCUUGCCAACUGAAAAGUACUUGGUCGGAAGAAUUCCACCGCCACACUUGUCACCAUUUGUGGACAAUGAAGCAGAAGGAUAUGUUCCUGAUUAUGCCGAAACCAUCAAAAGACUACAAGCAGCAGCCAGAAACGAAGUUCUUCCGUUGCCAGGUGUUGGGAAAGAGGAUCUUGAAGAUCCUCAAAACUUAUUGUACGCUGGUGUUAUGAGUCGUGCUGAGGAAGCCGAAGCUGCAAAGAACAAGAAGAAGAUGGCUGCGCAGGAGAAACAAUACCAUGAGGAACUGAAGAUGGAAAUAACUGCAAGUAAGGAUGUUGUAGCACCUGUGGUGGCUGAAGAUGAGGGUGAAGAAUCAGUUCCUGAUGCUAUGCAAAUAGCUCAAGAGAAUGCUGAUAUGAGCACAGUGCUGAUGUCCCGUAAGAAGAGGAAGCUCUACGAAGCCAUGAAGAUUGGGCAGAAAAAGAAGAAGGCAAGUGUUGAACUAAUCGAGCAGCGCAAGAAAAAGUUGAAUGAUGCUCAAUCAUAAUAACUUGUUUAUUUCUUGUUUACAUUUCUGUUCUCUCAAGCUUUUUCCUUAGUCAUGUAUCAUCUUUAAGUCUUUCGCUACAUGUACUUCCAAAAAUUUUAAGAAAGUUUUGAUUUUGAU